GGGUUUGGAGCGCUGGCGGCGGCAGCAGGUGGCGCGGGAGGCCGCGGCGCGCCAUGGGGCUCCCGGCGCUGCUGGCCAGUGCGCUCUGCACCUUCGUGCUGCCGCUGCUGCUCUUCCUGGCCGCGAUCAAGCUCUGGGACCUGUACUGCGUGAGCGGCCGCGACCGCAGCUGCGCCCUCCCCCUCCCGCCCGGAACCAUGGGCUUCCCCUUCUUUGGGGAAACACUGCAGAUGGUGCUGCAGCGGAGGAAGUUCCUGCAGAUGAAGCGCAGGAAAUACGGCUUCAUCUACAAGACUCAUCUGUUCGGGCGGCCCACGGUGCGGGUGAUGGGCGCCGACAACGUCCGGCGCAUUUUGCUCGGGGAGCACCGGCUGGUGUCGGUCCAAACGUCGGUGCGCACCAUCCUGGGCUCAGGCUGCCUCUCCAACCUGCACGACUCCUCGCACAAGCAGCGCAAGAAGGUGAUCAUGCGCGCCUUCAGCCGGGAGGCGCUCCAGUGCUACGUGCCGGCGAUCGCCGAGGAGGUGGGCAGGGGCCUGGAGCAGUGGCUGAGCUGUGGCGAGCGCGGCCUCCUGGUCUACCCCGAGGUGAAGCGCCUCAUGUUCCGCAUCGCCAUGCGCAUCCUGCUGGGCUGCGAACCCCGGCUAGCGGGCGGCGGGGACGCGGAGCAGCAGCUGGUGGAGGCCUUCGAGGAGAUGACCCGUAAUCUCUUCUCGCUGCCCAUCGACGUGCCCUUCAGCGGGUUGUACCGGGGCAUGAAGGCGCGGAACCUCAUUCACGCGCGCAUCGAGGAGAACAUUCGCGCCAAAAUCUGCGGGCUGCGGGCGGCCAGGGCAGGCGAGGGCUGCAAAGACGCCCUGCAGUUGCUGAUCGAGCACUCGUGGGAGAGGGGAGAGCGGCUGGACAUGCAGGCACUAAAGCAAUCUUCAACCGAACUCCUCUUUGGAGGACAUGAAACCACCGCUAGUGCAGCUACUUCUCUGAUCACUUACCUGGGGCUCUACCCCCAUGUACUCCAGAAAGUUCGAGAGGAGCUGAAGAGUAAGGGUUUACUUUGCAAGAGCAAUCAAGACAACAAGUUGGACGUGGAAAUUUUGGAACAACUUAAAUACAUUGGGUGUGUUAUUAAGGAGACUCUGCGACUGAAUCCCCCAGUUCCAGGAGGGUUUCGGGUUGCUCUUAAGACUUUUGAAUUAAAUGGAUACCAGAUUCCCAAGGGCUGGAAUGUUAUCUACAGUAUCUGUGAUACUCACGAUGUGGCAGAUAUCUUCACCAACAAAGAGGAAUUUAAUCCUGACCGAUUUAUGCUUCCUCACCCAGAAGAUGCAUCCAGGUUCAGCUUCAUUCCCUUUGGAGGAGGCCUUAGGAGCUGUGUAGGCAAAGAGUUUGCAAAAAUUCUUCUCAAAAUAUUUACAGUGGAGCUGGCCAGGCAUUGUGACUGGCAGCUCCUCAAUGGACCUCCUACAAUGAAAACCAGCCCCACUGUGUACCCUGUGGACAAUCUUCCGGCAAGAUUCACCCAUUUCCAGGGGGAAAUCUGAUGGGCACAAAUCUCAGACUUAUUUGACAUGUACAGAUGAGUUUUUAUAUAGUGUCGUGUUGACUUUAUUUAAUUUCUAAGUGUAUAUUAUAAUAUUUAUGUGUCUCUACUACAGUACCAUGGUCUUUAAAUAUUAAAAUAAUGAAUUUGUAUAGUUUCCAAAUAAAGUAAAAUUGAAAGGUA